UCAGCCCAUGGGUUCUUCUCAGCUCUCCCCAUCACUGUACCUUCUCAUAGGCAUGGAGUUUGAGUAGCAUACAUCGGUCACCAUGCAGGAAUCUGCUAACUCCCUGGCGAUGGACGGGUACUGCAGCAACGUGCCAGCCUUCCUCACCAAGCUGUGGACACUGGUAGAAGAUCCAGAAACCAACCACCUUAUAUGCUGGAGCGUGAAUGGCACCAGUUUCCAUGUUUUUGACCAAGGCAGGUUUGCGAAGGAAGUUCUACCCAAGUACUUCAAGCACAAUAACAUGGCAAGUUUUGUGAGGCAGCUGAAUAUGUAUGGCUUCAGAAAGGUGGUGAACAUCGAGCAAGGUGGACUAGUAAAGCCUGAAAGAGAUGACACAGAAUUUCAGCAUCUGUACUUCUUGCAAGGAAAUGAACAUCUAUUAGAGCACAUCAAGAGAAAGGUGUCUGUUGUGAAGAGUGAAGAGACCAAACUUCGACAUGAGGAUGUGAGCCGACUCCUGUAUGAAGUCCAGACCCUGAGGAAUCAACAAGAGAACACAGAAUGCCAGAUGCAAGAUAUGAAACAGCAGAAUGAAGUUCUAUGGCGCGAAGUUGUCUCUCUCAGACAGAACCACUCCCAGCAGCAGAAAAUUAUCAACAAGUUAAUCCAGUUUCUGUUCGGACAGCUGCCUCCGGGCCCCUCCAGCAGUGGGAUAAAGAGAAAGAUACCUCUAAUGUUGGAUGAUGGAAAUUCUGCCUUACCGCUAUCAAAGUUUAGCAGACAUCUCCCAGUGGAAUCCCUGCAAGACCCUUAUUACAUCCAAUCGCAAACUCUCUCCAGAACGUCCUCUUUAAGCAGUCCUGCUGGGCCUAUCAUUUCAGAUGUGACUGAGGCUCAGACUGCCAACUCCGUAACUGCACAACCAAGUGCAGAUGUAGAAAGGAAUAAAUGUCUACUGCUCAUUAAAGAAGAACCCAUCAGUCCUGGAGUAAAGGGAUCAACAGAAACAGAUGUAUCUCUGGCAAGUUGCAGUGCAUGUUCAGAUCCCCCUGUGUUGCCAGUAGCAAUGGUUCAAUCCAUACUAGAAGGUAAAGAGAGCUGCAGCCCACCUCAGCCCUCAGGAUCUCAGCAACUGGAGGGACGAGGACGAAGGAAUCAAUUGGAGAGACAAGAUCUUCCAGAUACCUUGGAUAAUACUGAUGUCAGUUUGGAGGGGCUUCAGUUGUUGCUUCGAAGUCAGCCAUAUAACUUGGAUUCAGCUGCUGUGCUGGAUGUUUUCAGUGCUGGCCUGUGUGUGAGUGAAUGGAGUAUUCCAGCCAUGGAGACCAGUCUGUCACCGAUGCAACAGCUCUCAGUAGAUCUGGAGAAGAAUGUAGCAGAGAUGCCAUCUAAAGGGUUAAACCAACAAUUUAACUCUCCCUGCACAGGAAAAGAAACAGAGCUUGAGAACGCCGUCCCUUUCCUGACUGAAGAGAUGGUCAAUUUAUCAAGGUCUUCAUCCCUUUUUGGUCCUGAUGAUGCCGUGGUGUCUUACCUCUCUAGUGGGGUAAUUCCAGGAGACACUGCCCUUAAUCUGCACCCAACAGAGGAUAGAAAUGAGUGACCUAUCUAACUACAUGUUAUAAAUAAGAGUGCCUUUAUACAGGACCACUGUAAGUUUCCAGAUUGAAAAUGAACCCUCUGCACUGUAUAGCUAGACGAAGAGGUUCUCCAUACAGAUGUUUUCUUUUCUCAGUGUUUCUCACACGUGCUUUAUGCCAAUCAAAAAUACAUGUUUCUCCACUUUCUGCUGCUUAUUCCCUCCUGUUCGUACUUUUUUUUUGCCAGUUAGCACCAAUGUGAGUUUUCGCAAAUUGGGAGCUGGUGACAUGGUUACCAGACAGCCAUGUUAAACUCAAAAUUUGACAGUCUGACUCUGACUGCCUUUUAUAUCAUAUAAGGCAGGAAAAGCAAGAUGUACCUGGAAAGACUGGAGACAUUGAGGUUGAUUUACUAAAACUAGAGAGUGCAAAAUUAGUGCAGCUCUGCAUAGAAACCAAUCAG